AUGAAAGCUCGAAUCCGGAUCCCGGUGAUCGGAGAUACUGAGUGUACCGAAUGGUCCGCAGGAGGUGCCCCCGUCCGCCAAAUAUGCUUUGCGCGGACGGUAGAAGAGAAGCCGACAUGGGCCGCCGCUCGCUUUCCUCAUUCAACGAUUGUGUUCAGACCUCUGUAUCGUAGGAAGCCGGUUUCUGUGUACAUCUACCAGGAUGGUGACCGUGUGGUUCCGAGCCAUACACAAUCCUCGCGCCUUGACGCGAACCCAUUGAUCGAGAUUUCGCACUCCCAAACGGGAGGUUAUGCGCAUGCCGACGUCACUUUUAACCCCUGGUAUCAGAAACAAUUGGCCAUUGUCGAUGAGAGAGGAAAUUGGAGCGUCUGGGAAAUGGUAGGUCGGCAUAGACGAGGUAAGGGCAAUUGGACUGCGUCGUGCGUCAAGUCCGGCUCAUUACCAUGGCUUGACCUUGGCCAUGCUCAGAAUAUCAACUCCUCUCCUCGACAUGAUGGAUGGGCAGUAAUCGAAUGGGUGGGCGACGUCAACAGCUUCAUUGUGUCGGACCGACGUUGUCCCAUACUUUAUCGGACAGAGGGUAAUGAAACUCUGCCUUUUGCGAUAGAACUUGAGCUCAAGAGGAAAUCAGAGUGGAUUUUAGAUGUCAAGAGAAGUGCUUGCAAUGUGUCACAAGUGUUCAUUCUGACAACAUCACGUAUAUUUUGGCUUGAUGUUUCUUCCGUUCUCGUCGCAGACCCUCAAAAUGAUGCUUCAAGGCCGUCUCUGUUACCCAUUCUAUCUUGGCGCCAUUUUAGAGAUUCGGAGGACAUGACAUUGCGUUUGGCCUCUCUUGUCAUUUCUGAAGAAUUGUAUCUCGUCUUGUAUUCUCGGCUUAAUCAUGUGGUAUUGGGGUAUCGGGUUCCAGUUGCAUGGGAUGGAUACAUGCAUCUGACAUGCAUAUCGGACCCGUUCAUUCUAGAGAUCCCUCCCGUAUCUGAAGAGAACUCAGAAACUCAGAUCUCACCGAAUGCAGCUCAGUUCUCAACUCUGGUUCUCCGGGAGAUUGCACAUGCACCAUCUGCCGGGAGCAAGGAGCAAUACGAUGCCACCGCCAAAAUCAUAAAGCUGUUCACAAUAGACUCGCGUCUGGCGGUCCGGGAGUCGAUGUACAUUGGCCCGGCAGGUGAGAAUGGGGUUAAUGCAGAUAAUCAGCAGUUGGGAAAGGAUGCCUUGCGUUUAAGGAAGCGCUAUCCCGGAGUUCGGAGAAAGCAGUCUACUCGCUCGCGGGAUGACUUUGUGGUCGACGACUGGGAUGAGUCUGUAGUGAGCAGGGGAACUUUCACGGUCGCAGAUACGGGGAUUUCUCACAUAACGCCACUGGCCACUACCCAAUGGACAACUGAUUAUAGCUCAAUCUACGCCAUUGCCUUCGGGAAGGUAAUUGGGGGGCCAAGUGACGCCGUCGAAGAACAAGACAGAGGCUUCCAAGAGUCUAUCAAGGAACUGAAGGACAGAAUGGCCUCCGCAGACUUGGCUCAUCUUUCUAACAAUAAGACCUUGUUAGAAGUCCUUGCCGGCAGUCCUCUGCUAGACGACAUCGACCAGAAUGCUCAUGAUUAUGAUGAAUUUCUUGAUGAAUUUCUGGCUCCGAGAAUGUCGCGCAAUCUCCUGGCAAGCAGUCAACUAGCAAUUUUUCCCCAGCAGUCGUUGGACCUAUUCGAAUCCUCAAAGGUGGAACUGGUCGACCUCUACGAUCGGUUAGUUAAUGACUGGCUUUCAACCCUUCAGCACGACAUCCCGGGGCGCACGCGAAUUAUGAAAGAAAGGGUCAUUCGCAAAGUGGCAGCAGAGCUUGCUCUGACGCAGCCCAUGUUACAGCGUAAGCCGCUCAACGAAGCAGGUAUCGGGCGUUCGACGGAAAACACCAAUCAUGAAACAAUUGAUGACUUGUCGCCCAUGCCAGUCAAUCCGCCUUCAUCUCUCGAAAUUGGUAAACGACUCUUAUCCGUACCAAGAGUGAUUUCUAGUGAUUAUGCACUGGAGCCGGCAGCCAGCAAAACUACUAUUCAGAGUAACUUUUUGGCAGAAGAGCAAGGAGUAUCCAAGAGCACAAGCGGAACGGAGCCUGUCUACUGUGGACUAGCUUCGAUGACAACCUUCCACACCCAGCGUCCACCAAGUGGAGCUAUGGCAAACUUGCUUUCUCAUUGGCAGGUAGGUAGCGACCCGGCCACGUAUAGUUGGCAAAGGAUGGCGCAGACGCUGGAGGAAGAGGAUUUGCAACGUGCCUCUAAAGCGACAACACCGAAACCGCGCCCGCGGAAAAAGGCAUCGCAAGGCACUCCAUUGAAUUCAUCACAGCUGCCUCCCGUAUCCUCCAACGCCCUUGCCGCUCGAGAAUGGGGUAGCCAGCCAGAGGGCGGCGAGCCGUCCAGAAUGUUAAGAUUUCAAAGUAGUCAAGCUAUGGAGGAGGAUCUACCGAUGACCCAGGUAGAAAGAGGUACGUUUGGAGGUCGAGAAGCCAGUCGGAAAACUUUCAUGAAGGCGAGGAAAAAGAAAAGAGCAGCUGGCUUUUAA